CAAGAAUGUGGCAAAGCUUUUAACCAGUACUCAAGCUUUUCCAGACAUCAAAUAAUUCAUUCUAGAGGGAAACCCUACAAAUGUCAAGAGUGUGGCAAAGCCUUUAACCAGCACUCACAACUUUCUCUACAUCAAAGAAUUCACUCUGGAGAGAAACCCUACAAAUGUGAAGUAUGUGACAAAGCCUUUACCCAGUACUCAAGCCUUUCUGAACAUCAAAGAAUUCAUUCUGGAGAGAAACCAUACAAAUGUCAGGAAUGUGGCAAAGCCUUUAACCGGCAAACAAACCUUUCUACACAUCAAAGAAUUCACUCUGGAGAGAAACCCUACAGAUGUCAAGAAUGUGGCAAAGCCUUUAACUGCCACUCAAACCUUUCUGCACAUCAAAGAAUUCACUCUGGAGAGAAACCCUACAAAUGUAAAGAAUGUGGCAAAGCCUUUAACCAGCACUCAAGCCUCUCUGUACAUCAAAGGAUUCACUCUGGAGAGAAACCCUACAAAUGUCAAGAAUGUGGCAAAGCGUUUAAUCAGCACUCACACCUUUCUGAACACCAAAUAAUUCAUUGUGGAGAGAAACCCUACAAAUGUCAAGAAUGUGGCAAAGCCUUUAAGUGGUACUCAAACCUUUCUGCACAUCAAAGAAUUCACUCUGGAGAGAAACGCUACAAAUGUCAAGAAUGUGGCAAAGCCUUUACCCAGAACUCACACCUUUCUGCACAUCAAAGAAUUCACUCUGGAGAGAAACCCUACAAAUGUCAAGAAUGUGGCAAAGCCUUUAACCAGUACUCAAUCCUUUCCAAACAUCAAAGAAUUCACUCUGGAGAGAAACCCUACAAAUGUCAAGAAUGUGGCAAAGCCUUUAAGCAGCACUCAAACCUCUCUGUACAUCAAAGAAUUCACUCUGUAGAGAAGCCCUACAAAUGUCAAGCAUGUGGCAAAGCCUUUCAGCUGAACUUACACCUUUCUAGACAUCAAAAAAUGCACUCUGGAGAGAAACCCUAGAAAUCUCAAGAAUGUGGCAAAGCCUUUAAAGCGAACUCAUACCUUUAGAAACAUCAAAGAAUUUAUUCUGGAGAGAAACCGUAGAAAUGUUAAGAAUGUGGCAAAGCCUUUAAGCACGACUCACACCUUUCUGGACAUCAAAGAAUUCACUCUGGAGAGAAUCCCUACAAAUGUCAAAAAUGUGGCAAAGCCUUUAACAGUCACUCAUACCUUUCUGAAUGUCAAAGAAUUAACUAUGGAGAGAUACCCUAUAAAUAUUAAGAAUGUGGAAAAUCCUUCAAAUAUUACACAAGCUUUUCUAGACAUCAAAGAAUUCAGUCUGGAGGGAAACCCUACAAAUUUGAAGAGUGUGUUAAAGCCUUUAACUGACUGAAACCUUUCUGUACAUCAAGGAAUUCACUCUGGACAUAAACCUUACUAACUGAUAGAGUGUGCUAAAGCCUUUUACCUUAGUUCAACUUAUAGUAAACAUCACAGAAUUUCUUGUGGAGAGAAACUCUACAAAUGUGAAGAAUGUGUCAAGGCAUUUACGCUGUACUCAACCCUUCCCAUACAUCAAAGUAUUCAUUCUUGAAAGACACUCUACAAAGGUCAAAAAUGUGGCAUUUACUGUAAUUAAUUUGUGAACCUUUCUAGACAUUUAAAAAUUUAUUCUGGCGAGAAACCUUAUAAAUAUGGACAGUGUGGCAAACUCUAACUCACGUUCAAUUCUCUCUGUACAUAGAAGAACUCACACAGGAGAGAAACCCUCCGUUUGAAGACUGUGGCAGUGCCUUUUCCUGUUGUUCAUAGCAUGAUAAGAAUAAAGAAUUCAAACUGGAGAGAAAUCUUACGAAUGUAAACAGUGUGGCAACGACUUUAACCAGAGUUCAAACCUUACUACACAUAAGAACAUUUACAUUGGAGAGAAAUCUUACAAAUGUGAAUUGUAAUGUGCAAAGAUUUUCAGUGAUCUUCAGUCUUAGUAAACAUAAUAGAAACCAUAGUAGGAAAAAUGGUAACAAU